AUGACUGGGAAACUUGGCAGAGACGAGUUUGUGACUUUAUACAACGAUCUCAAUGACUGGAAGAAAGCCUUUAAGGAACACGAUGUGGACGAGGGCGGGACGAUGGACAUCCAUGAACUAAGGCGCGCUUUCAAAUCUUUUGGCUUCAGGCUGAGUAACCGGUUGUUGGUGGCCAUUGGCCGGCGAUAUGCAAACAAGGCAGGCGUCAUUGACAUCCAAGACUUCAUGCUGUGCUCAUGUCGGCUAAAAACCAUCAUCACUUAUUACUACGAGAACAUCAAUUCAGACCGUCAGCGCUUGGCUCAAACCAGUGGCGUGUUCAGAGUCAACUUGUAG